AUGGGCCCGAAAAGAGGUAAAAAGGGCACUCCGUGGCCAGAACCACGGUUUGCAGAUGAUCCUGAUAUACGCGCAUACGUAGCUGCAGCCAUCAAAGAUCUUGAGGCAUUGAAGAAGCACCAAGAAACACUGGAGAUUGGCAUGCCGCCGCCUCGCGAAUGUCGAAUUACACGUGGAAAAGACGCAGAAAGAGGUAUCUCAGGCCUCUCGAGAGAUUACUACGACCAAAAGCAACAUCAACCGCUUGGUGGAGGCGAUAUGCCACCCAACACCCCCAGGGACAUCUUCAGUUACGUGACGGCUAGUUCGGAGUCGUAUGUACAGGCCUGGGGACGUAAGGUGCCCUCGAACCCUCCUACGGUCCCUAGCGUGGGAUUCAGCAGUGGAGGAAGCUCGCCAUUAACCCCAUAUCCAAGCCAGGAGGACCUAGAGGUCUAUCUGGAACAUACCGAUCCAGAUAUCCUCAACCCGAUACGUUGA